UUGUACCAUCCCAACACAUUCUUGACUUAAAAGUUUAUGUCGCAAACCUCUGAAUAAUUCACCUUCCCUUACCCGGUCGCGGUUCCUAUAGGACCGGACAACGUGUAUCAUAUGCCUUUGCCUUUGGACGAAUGGACAGCCCAAUGCUCUACAACGGGGAACAAUAGUCCACUCUUUCCACCAUUGUGACGCGUCCUCCUUUAUGUCGAAAACGUUCAGAACACCAGAUCCAAGCACUGGGAAAUCAUCCAUUGUUCAGUGGCCAAUCGUCGAGUAGUGACAGUGACUUGUGUAGACCUAGGGCAUAUAAAAACGAAACAAUGGUCCAGGGAACAUAAGCGUCAAUUCAACAUAAUGGCCCCCGAUCGCACAACUCAUCAGAAGCCCACUCAGCUCCCUCCGUAUGACGAGAAAUUCCGACGUGCCAGGCCGCCCAGGAAAGGAGAACCCGGUUACAUCCCCAGACCACUCAACAAAUGGAUCAUCUUUCGCCGAGAAUUCGCAAGCAAGACUUCCUAUGACGAUUUCCAAAAUGCCAGAGCAAAAACAACCAGCGAUUCAAAGGGUGCCCAGAAGGUGUGGGCUGAACUUUCCGCUGAAGAGAAACGUCCGUACGAACUCGCCGCCGACGAGGAAAGGCGCCGUCACAAAGAGAAGUAUCCGGACUACAAAUUUUGCCCCGCGAAAAAGGAUAAAGCAAAAGUGGCCACGAGGAAACACAAGUCGGAGGAAGAGGAGGAGAGAAUACUUCCUCUACACCCACUAUCGGAUGCUGCUCCGCUAAAUGAGCUAGUUCAGGGUGAAUCCUAUGAAAGCCAGUCGGGCCGUUUCGUCUACAAUGCAUUGGAAGCGGAGUCGGAAGAUCCUUUGGGACACAAGGCUGAAAACACGGAAGUGAAUGAGCUACCGGACCAACUCCUGCCCUUCGCGCACAGGACUCAAUUGGACCGUACUGUUAACUCCCUCACACCCGAAAAGAGUAAAAAACCGGUUGCCGCAUCACUCGAUGAUUCGCCCCGUUUCGUUCAUCUGGAGCCACCUUCUCGUGAAUUACAGCUUGAGGCUGAUGGAACUGGUCGUUUUCUUUAUCCCAUCCAAUCUGCUCACUUGAGCCUCGCCCCCGAAUCACCCCGUCCACCCACGUUCACUACCGAUCCUCAUCCCACGGGGGAAUCCACUUAUGCCCCGACUUCUGUUCCCCGGCCACCCUCUCCACCAUUUCUAAAUGAUCGGAAGUUCUGCGAAAGCGUUGAUGUUUCCCUCCCCACAGGUGGAUAUCGAUACCAACGCGAGGAACCCAUCACUUUCUCACGUCCGUCCACGAGAGAUAGUAGCCUUGAACCCACUUUCCAUGCACCUGGUCCAUCUUCUGGAGCGCCAUAUGUCAGAGGCUUCAGCCAUUGCUCGUUGUCGAGUGAAUACGAUAUGAUGCUCCCCCACUUCCGGGAUGAAGAUGAUAUCUUCAAGAAGCCAGCGCGGUGGGACGGAUCCCCCAGCCGCUCUCUGGAUAUGGAUUCAGACUUGAAACCAUCUUCUCCGGUCUUGCGUCCCAUCUCGCUCGGAGUGUUUUGCUGCUCUGCAAAAUACAGCCACAGACGAUGAAUUAAUGCUCGAUUUGCUUGAAAUCAUCACAGAUACUCACGAUAAUUGACGCCUACCAUAAACACAAGUCACAAUUUCCGGCUAUCACCUAUGUUCACGAAUGACUCACGAUCUAUAACAAUUUGUUCUCCUGUCGAAACACGAAAUUUAAAUUUAACAACAUUCACGCCUCCCCCACCAGUAUUUUGUAUCUCAUCUUAACACGACGACUUGUCACUUUCAUCUCCCGUUUCUUAAAGCUGCCAUUAUCUCCCCUGUUUCAUACGUAUUUUGAUUUACUUAGCUAAAGAUAUAUGGAUGUGAUUCGUAGUAC